CUGGGUGACACAGCUGCAUGGUGGUGCAAGGGAAGCCGUGAAACACCCGGCCGUCCCAGCGCCACGCGGGUGCACGGCCAGGGAGCGUCGUUUGGGAGCAGCAGUGUGGCAGACUGCUGAUGGAGGGUGCCAAACUGCAUGGCUCCUCUUGUGAAGCCUUUCACAAGUGAUGGUUAGGGCUCACCUGUUUCCUUCAUGUGGGUGAGAGGAACUGGCAGGGAGAGAAGGGAGAGGGAGAUGCUUUGGACAACUGGGCGAGGGGCCUUGUGCUGCCUCGCUGUGAGCACUGAACAGCAUUGGGCAGGUGAGGGGGUGCAGGAGGGUGUGCUUUCCUCUUGGUGUUGAACAGUUAGGCAAAACCUGUGAUACUUGGAGGUGAUCAAAGCUCAAGGGUUAGGGGACAGGUAGGACAGGUCCUCAGAAGGACUUCCUAGGGUUGGCUCAGCCUUUUUGAAUGAUGGGUCUGGUCCUCCGAGGUUGCUGGAGAACAUCAGAUCUGGUGGCUCUCUGGAGCUGCAGGACCUGGAGGACACUUAACAGCAAAAUAAAACAAGCACUUCCUUUUGGGUGGUGUUUGAACAGGGCUGGUUCUACACUCACAGUAGCUGCUGCUGGCAUCUACUUAAGCUUUGUUAAUACCCCAUCCUUUCCUACUGGUCUGGAUCAGACAAGCACAAAGCAUCCUCAGGGAAGGGAGGGCAACCCUGUGGGAUUUGUUAGCUGUAGUGCUGCCUGAUGGAUGUGUGUGUGCAGGAGGGAUUUAGGGAUGAGGAGGUACCCAGCCCACGCUGAGGGGCCGGGGUCAGGGAGGCAGCCUGGUUAGCUGAGCCCGCUGCAUGCUCUGUGGCCCAUUCUGUAAGAGAUGGCAUUUGGCUUAAGGCUGUUUAAAAAGUGCUUUGUAAGGUCAGAGUGAGGUUGCAAUGAUCUAAUUGAACUGGGACAGGCAUUACACUGUCUGGUGGCUGAGUGCUCCUCAGGCCACACCCAGCACAUCAGGUUAAAAGAAUGAAUUUCCCAGGGGCUCUGCUGCUUGCAGCAACUAAUUGUUCUGAACUAGGAGAGAGAGGUUUGUUUAAUUUGCCCUGCUCUUGUCUCACCUCUUUUAGAAGCUGCUGAAUGGCUGCUGACAGGUGAAGGUCUGUGGUACUCCUGUGGUACAGGGGUUUCCUUUUUGUUCUCAUGCUGAUAAUUAACCUUUCUUCCUCCCCAGAGAGGCAGGCCCAUGAAAACACUCAUUUUUUUUCCCCCUUCUGGCUGAAGAAACAGCUGCAGAAAGUCUGUGUGGCCUCAGGCUGCCCUUUGGGGUUUUUUCCUAUCCCAGGAACCAAACCCUUCUCUCAUUCCACGAGACACCUUGAGCUGGAGUUUGAGUGCUGCAGGAAACAUGAAAAUCAACCCCAAAGCCUGUUCAUGUCUCAGAUCACCCCCCUGUUCAUCCCCCUGUUGCAAGGCUUCAGGGAGUUGUCUGCUCAUGGGAAGGGCUCUGGCUGUGGGUUUUUAUCCCAGGACCGACAGGAGAAGUUGAAUUGUUCUCAGUAGGAUGUAAACAGGCAACAGCAGAGAUGUGGUGAUCUCCCAGGCAUCCCAACCCUGGCACAGAGCUGCAGGUGUAACCUUGGCCAAUUCCUGCCUGUUUUUCCUGGCCAGCAUCUCCUGCACACCCUCCCUGAGGCCUCUCCUGCUGCGACUCUUAUCAGGAAGGGCAGGUAUUCAUCUGGCAUUGCCAAGUGUCCAUGUCCCAUCCUGCUUCCAGCAUUUUCCUCUGGUUAGAGAAACUUUUCUUGAGGGUUUGGCUUCACAGAGAACAGAGGUAGGACAGAACUGGCUUGAAUUACUCCAGUUUCAUGGCAGCUGGAGCCCAGUUUCCUCCUCCUUUGAGUUCAACUGCAGCCCCUCGAGAGCGAGCGUUCAUGCUGCAGUGAUGACACAUGUCCAUCAUCCCAGGUAGCUGUUCCCUAGGUAAGAAUUGGGGGCAGCAGCAGAGCAAGGUGAAGCUGUGCUGCUGCUGCACUGCUGGUGGCCUCUGCUCUCUGCUUUCCAAAACGAGAUCUGACUGACUCCUCAGGGCUCUCAGCUCAGAUCUCUUGUGGUGGCACAGAGCCCCCAACAGUGUGUCUGCAGCCAGUUUGCUGGUUUCAUAGUUCUUUGACUUUCCCCUCUUCUUCCCUGGGCCUUCAGUGACUUCCCAUCAGCUUGUGACUUCUCAUCAUUCAGCUUUGCCUGCAGAGACCUGAGGCCAUGCAGGGACCCAGACCAGUGGUUCUGAGUGGCCCAUCAGGUGCAGGGAAGAGCACUUUGUUAAAGAAACUGCUUAAAGAUUAUGAGAACAUCUUUGGCUUCAGCGUCUCCCAUACCACGAGGCAGCCAAGACCUGGAGAAGUAAAUGGCAAAGACUAUCACUUUGUGAGCAGAGAGGAAAUGCAGAAGGAGAUCGACGCCGGUGAGUUCAUCGAGCACGCCGAGUUCUCUGGGAACAUGUACGGGACGAGUAAAGGUGCAGUGCAGGCUGUUCAGGCCCAGAACCAGAUCUGUGUCCUUGACAUUGACAUCCAGGGCGUGAAGAACAUCAAGAGGACAGAGCUGAACCCCAUCUACAUCUCUGUGCAGCCCCCAUCCAUAGACAUCCUGGAGAAGAGGCUGCGGGACAGGAAGACUGAGACAGAGGAGAGUUUACAGAAGCGGCUGACCGCGGCCCGCGUCGAUUUGGAGCUGAGUAAAGAGCCUGGCCUGUUUGACCUGGUCAUCAUCAAUGAUGAUUUAGAGAAAGCCUAUUCUGAACUGAAGGGGAUACUCCUGGAGGAAAUCAAGAAGACUGAAGAAUCCAGGAAGUGCUGAGCUGGGCCUGCCUGGUGUUGGAACUUUGCACAUCAUUCCUGAAGCACAUCACACGUGUCAUUGAGACAUUCCCUUUAGGCUGACCCUCCUCCCACCCUCCCACCUUCCCCUAGGAUGUUUCUAUUAAAAGGAAGGAAAACAAA